AUGUUGUUUAUAACUUUGGUGAGUCUCUUUGGUUUUAUUUUAACAACUAAAAGUUCUGAUCUACAAGAAUAUGUUGAUCUAAUUGAUAUUAAUAAUGACGGAAAAUUAUUCAGUGAUGAAUUGUUACUUUUUUUUAAUAAAUUCUAUGAAGAAAACCAAAAUGAGCAAUCCAUAUCAUCAUUAAAUUCAAUCAAAAAACAAAAAGAUAUUCUAUAUAAUGUUAUUAAAAGAUAUAAUGACAAUUCUUCUGCUAACUAUUUAACUAUUUUGGAUUUUAGACGCCUAUUUUUUGAUUUAUAUAGUCUACAAUAUCAAAUACCAACAUUUCUAUUGAAUCGUUUCGAACCUGAACAAGUACAUUUAUCUUACACACAUAAUGUUUUUACUGAAAUGUAUAUUUCAUUUGUUACACAUGAACGACCAUCAUCAAAUCUUCGUCCGAUAGUAAAAUAUUGUGACAAUGGAUGUAUCGCUAUUGGUGAUACUACAACAUACAAUGUAGAUAAUUGGCAUUAUUGGAUUCAUUUUAUCUACAUUAAAGGUUUAGAAUCAGGUGUUAAAUAUAAUUAUAAACUCGGUUUUAUUGAUUCAGAUAAUGUUACAAUUAAACAUUUAUUUUCAAAUGUAAUAUGGACAUUUAAAACAAUGGCUCAAGUUGAAAAACAAGAAAAAGAAAUUGUUUAUAUUUAUGGUGAUAUGGGAACAAUAAUGCCAUUAGGUUUUGAUGUUAUGAAAUCAAUUGUUGAAGAUUUUAGUAGAAAUAAAAAUGAACAAGCAAAUUAUGUUGUUCAUGUUGGUGACAUAGCAUAUGCUGGAACAGGACAUGAAGUGGAAAUUCAAACUAUAUGGGAUUUAUUUAUGAAUCAAAUAUCUCCUAUAGCAAGUCAAAUUCCAUAUAUGACAGCAACUGGUAAUCAUGAAAAAUAUAAUAAUUAUACAAGUUAUAAAACAAGAUUCUUUAUGCCAUCAAAAACGAAUCCAACUUCAUUCGAAACUGAUGGAAAUUUUUAUUUUAGUCUAGAAACGAAUUUAGUUCAAUGGAUUUUUAUAUCAACUGAACAUGAUUAUACUAGUGGUUCUCUACAAAGAAAAUUUCUUGAAAAUAUUCUUCAACAAUAUGAACAAAAAUGGCAUAUGAAAGAAAGACCAUGGCUUAUUUUAGUUGGACAUCGACCUAUGUAUUCAUCCGAUCAAUCAACUGAUUCAGGUAAAUUACAAUCAGAACUUGAACCAUUAAUUAUUAAGUAUGGUGUCGAUCUUGCUGUUUGGGGACAUAUGCAUUGUUAUGAAAGAACAACACCAGUUAAAUAUAAUAAUUUUACAGAUAAAGAUCAUUUUUCAUCGGAUGGUAAAAUUUAUAAACAUAAUGCAACAGAAUUUGAUCAAACAAGUCCAAUUCAUUUAACGAUUGGAACAGCUGGAGCAUUGAUUCAUGAAAAUUGGAUACCAAAACCUGAAUGGUCGCAAACAAGAUAUCAAAAAUAUGGUUUUGGAAAACUUUUUAUUCAUAAUAAAACACAUUUGGAAUUCAAAUCAAUUUUAACUAAUAAAAUUUCUUCGAAUGAAGAAGAUUAUUUUAUGAUUAUUCGACAAUUUUAA